GGGCAGGGGAGGAAGGGGAGGACCCGGGGGACAGGCGCUCACCGCCGCAACGGAACGAAGGGUCUGGGAGAGACGACGCUCUGGUCCCCAGGAGGGCAAGACGAGAUGCGGUCCCCAAGGCAGGGCGCCCCCAGGUCGCAAAUGAGGAGAGUGCGCUUCUCCUUCCGCCCCCAAGGAGCGGGGGACGGAGCCGCCGGGGAACUGGCUGCUGGGCCUUAUUCGGCAGCCGACGAGGUUCAGGAGCUCAGGGCUGGACAGGCUGGGACUGGGGCGGAGUGCGACCCCGGGGGUUGCUGGGCGGCGCCGACCCCCGUGGAGCACAGAACCGAGAAACUGCGGAAACGUUCCGCAAGGGGGCGCCGCGUCCGCGCGUCGGGGGCCCCUGACUCGAGCGCUCCUUCCUUGGCGGUCCCCCUCGGUGAGCCUCACCGUCGCCUUGGAGACGGACGCUCGGAUUCCGGGAGCAAGUUUGCUAAGGACUCUAGGAGUUCCUCUCCACCGUAUCUUAGUUUAAUAAAUGAUUUUUUCAAGCCAGAGAAGCUAAGCAAGUCAGAGAUGAGGUUUAAAGAAAAGGCAGUGGUGGAAAUGACAAAGCUGAACAACCAAAUAAAACAAGCUCAAAGCCAGCAAGAGUCACUAAUGGAGGAAACCAAGCAGCUAUAUGCUGAGAAGUUACUUGUCCAGACUGAAAACAAAUUCUUCCUGGAAUAUCUAACCAACAAAACUGAAGAGUAUAGAAUGCAGCCUGAAAAGCUGUGGAACAGCUAUUUACAAAAAAGUCAGGAGAUUGAACAAAGGAGACGAGACUAUGCCUCCAAAUAUGCGAAACAAACUUCAGUGUUUAAAAGGGAGCUUUUGCAGAAGGAAAAGAUCCAAUGCAACUUAAAGCAGCAGUUGCAGACACUGAGGAAAAUUUCACUGUUAAAGGAGAAACAGGAGAGAGAAAUCCAGAUAUUACAGGACGAGAAAAAGAAAACCCCAGCUGAGACAGAUGCCAAGAAACAGGAAAUCCAGGUCCAGUUACUCCAGGAAAAAGCAUUUCUAGAGAAACAACUGAGUGAGCCAGACAUGGGGCAGUUGGGAAAGAGGAAAAGAAAGGAGCUUGACGGGAAGGCCCAGGCCUUGGAGUUGGAAGCAAAGCAGUAUACUUUUGAGUUCUACCGUGGCAUCAGGAGAGAGAACCGGGAGUUACGGAAGAAGUUACUGCAGCAAACUCAGCAGUGCCAGGAGUUGCAAGCUACUAAAAGCCAGUUAGAAAAUCAGAAGCAGCAGCUGCAGCUGGAACAGUGGUAUGUGGAGGGCUUAAUCCGGGCGAGGCAACGAUUGCAAAGAAGGCGUAAUUGGUGCCCAGGACAGGAUGCUCCAAGGACCACAUUAACACCUCUGAGUACCAAACCAAAGAUUAAUCCAAACCAAUUCCUAAAAUAACACUGCGUAAAUAAAGACUGGAGCAAGUAUUCUUAUAAACCGAUGGCUGCAUAAACUUAGUUAGGAAGGCUUUAGGAUCUCAGAUUGCUAUGGCAAAGUAUCCAUCAUGAUGUGUUAGUGUGAAAUAUUAGGUGCAUUUUUCCAGCAGUACUGCUGGAUAUUUGUGCCACCAGCUUCCUUUAAUUAGAUUUUUCCUUAAUUAGAUCUUGUUAAUAAAUGGGAUGUUCCUCAAAUCUCUAGAUAACACCAUUUCCCAAACACCAGUACAUUAAACUAGCUCAAGAGACCACCUGGAGGUAGUGAAAGGAAGACAGUGGUGUGAUUUAUUUCGUGUGGCCAAGUUAGAUUUCUAAGAGUAGCAUUUCAGAUUGACUUUAUAUAAUACCUUCCUCUCUGUAAACAAACUGCUUAUCCUCAUGCCUCCUGGCCAGCUCCACACAGAAAAGGGAAAGUGAUCAAAAAAAAAAAAACAAACAACAAAAAAAAAAAGGCAAAGUGCUUUUAAGGUCUUUUUCAAGUUUGCACCACUGACCAGGCAGCUGCUUCUAUAGUUUUGUCAAGAGUGGAAAAGUAAUUUAAGCAAUAUGUUCAUUAAGAGCUAGGCAAAAAAAAAAAAAAAAAAAAAAAACACUGGGCAGAAUGACCUUUUGUCUAAUGCUCAGCCCCUACAAUUUUAGCUUUGAGUAAAUUAAGGGAAGAGCAGAUAUUAGGUCAACUCUUAACUUUUGAAAAACCUUUUCUGUCAAGAAAUACAUCUAGCAUUAAUGAGGUAACUGAAUGCCUCUACUUAUUUCAGGAAAAUAUGUGAAAAACGUUUUAAAAUAUUGGGACAACUGUAAAGAGUCUUGUGCCGUCUAUUUCCCUAACAACAUUCUGAAUUCUAAGACAACGAGUAAGAUUACUUAAAUAUAAGUACUUCAGGUUUAGGUCACUUCUACAUUUUCUUACUAUGUGUGUACCUGAUAGUACAUUUUGAAAUGCCUUUUAUAAUUAAAAGUGCCUUAUAUUUAUGUCUAUUGAGAAGAACAAGCUUUGUGCAGUGGCAGUAUCCAUCAUAGCCAAAGAAGUUUAUUGCUAAUUUAGAAGAACUGGAAAUAAUAUUUUUAAUUAGUAAGACUUUUAUGGUAGUUUUUAAAAAUUUUUUUGCACUGAGGACAUAUAGACGGUUAGACUAGUUAUUUAUUUGCAUGCUGAAUCCUAGUACAGAAAUAUAAUCCCACAUUUUAACAUUGCUCCUCUAUGGGAAAAUAAAGUCAACUUUAUGUAAUCCAGAAAUUGUCAGUGAUUAAAAACUUCAAAAUAA